GCUACCCGAUGCCAGUACAAGUGUCCGUGGCAGAAUGCUUGCUCAGAGAUUCUCGGAAGCGCAUACCACAGGAGAACUUUGCAGUGACCGCUGGUUGCAAAACAAGUGUGUUACCAUACAUUCACAAUGUUUCUCACAAUUUAAAAAAGGUUGCACAAAGAGCUAACAUCCGAGUUGUUUUCUCUGCUCCUGAUAAACUGGAUAGGCUUUGCAGACUUACUAACCCUAAGAAAGACGCGCUACCAGUAUGUGGAAAAAGACAUGUCAACAAGUAUGUUGAUUGCACUCGCGCAGUAGUGUAUAAGUUUCCCUUGUCGUGUAACAGUGUCUACAUUGGGCAGACCGACCGGUAGGUGUAUUAACGAUCGCUUGCGCGAGCAUAAUUACAAUGCUAACAACAAAAUUUCAUCAAGCGGUUUCCUUGCCAUACAUUGCAAAUCUUGCGGCUGCAAACCACUACUUGAUAGAUGCAUCAUUAUAGGACGUAGCCACAAUCAAGUGACGCGUGAGAUUAUUGAGGCUGAUGCCAUUUUGAAAUGUGAAAAGCUGUGCGUAAGCACACCCUCUUUAGCUUUAUCAAGCAAGGAACGUGAAUUUCUAAGAUUAUCAACACUGGUUCAAUGAACUGCAAUCGCAUGCUUAUAUUUAAUUUUUUUGUGUGUGUGCUAUGUCACGAGUGCUUUGAGCGGGCUAUAUAAUGUGCAAUAGGGUCACGAAAUAAAACCAGUUGGAAGUUAGCGCUCACCCUGUCACCUGUCCCUUUUUCCCUUCAUACUCAAACUGAGUUGCGCUAAAGGAAGUCACGAAUACGAUGCACCAACUUGCCCAAUCCGCAGUACUUCUGAACUUCAUUUCUAGUUCAACGGGCCCUUUUCCUGCCUUUCGUAGCGACCCUUAUGCCAUCGUAUCGCUCAUCGCCGCCUUAGUGUGCAAAGCACGCUCACUGGGCUUCUGUGUACGCCGAAAAAUCGUUCCGCAUGAAAUUGGCACCCUCUUCAGUGGUUUCAUCCCUUCGUCGGGGCACAGCGCAAGAGUAUGCAAGAUCCUGAAAUCCGAACUACAUAGGCAAGCAAGACUUCAUCGGCAACUUCUCAUGACGCAACUACGCAUGGAAACGGAAUCCUCGUCACUGGAGUGGACCUUGCGCUCGUUCUCCCACCUAAUCGCCCGGAGGACGGAAUGUGAGUGGCAAGCUCAACUGAGACUGCUCAGGAGCCGUCUACCCAAAAAAGGUCCUUUACAUCACAACCCUGUGCACACGACGGAACAGGUGAAUCUUCCAGGCAACAUCCAUGACGCUCUGGCAUUAGGGCCCAAGUUUGCCGUGGAAACGAAGAGAAGACCGGAGGAACUACUGACUUUGGUGAGGCAGGUGUCCAAGUUCGCACCGGAAGAAGCCGUUCCACGCAUUGUGUCAGAGGGUGUUGACGUAGUAACCCGCUCUAAGGGAGUGCGGCCCAAGAUCUCGGUCAAACGCGUUGCUGAGUACUUGAGUGCUAACUCUCUUUGUGUUGUGCCAGCUGAUAAGGAAGGCGGGUUCUGUGUGCUUUCAAGUGGUGCGUUUUGUGCCAAAGCCAGUGAGGCAGUUGCCUCAGUUUUCAAGCGCCACGACGAAGUGUCACUAAGCAAGGUAAAAACGUCAGCUAUAAAGCUUUGCAAGAAGUUCAAUCUCGAUAAGCUAAGAAAAAACAUAGUGAACGGUAAGAGGGAACACCUGUUGGUCCUGUUCAGUGCGAAAACACAUAAGAUUAACGUACCCUUAAGGGUGAUAGUUUCAGAAACUGACUCUUGGCAGAAGCCACUUGCUCUGUUUUUACAAGCCAAACUGACGGUGCUUGCCGGUUAA